CUCUCUGUCGGCCACCGUCGGCUACCAAACACUGCCUCAAACCUCAUGGGGGUCCCCCUUGGCGAGUGACGUCAUGACAGGGUGGGCGGAGUCCGAGCCGGGCGAGCACCUCCCACCGCGGGCUAGGCACCGCCCCCGCCGCUCUUGGGACUUGGAACUUCGAACUUCAGCGUUGUACGGUUGACGGAGAAGCUACGUUUCGAGUGCCGUGAGUGAUAAGUGAUUUAUGCUGGAAACGCCUAGUUUUUAAGUGAAAGUUGCUCCCUCGGGGAGGGGCUCCGCUCGCGAUGAGCGACACGGAGGACGACGACACCCACGUGUGCCUCAAGUGCCGCGCCACCAUCAUCGGCCUCGACGACUACGUGGCGCACAGGCGGUCGAGCUGCGCGCCCAAGCAGCCCACGGCGAUCAUCGCCGAGGUGCCCGACGCCCCCGCGGAGGCGAAGGAAGCCGUCGACGACCCGGGCCAGAGGGCGGACGACUUCUUCUCGUGCCUGGAGCUGCAGAGCAGCGCGAAGAAGUCGCCGCUGGCGGCCGGCAAGACGCAGGGCAAGUCCCCGGCGCAGGCCGAGUUCCUCAUGGGGGCGGCCCCCGACGCCGACCUGCCCGACGGCUGCCUGAUGAGGCCCUCGGCCAAGCCGGACAAGCACGGCGUGUCGAUCGCGGACGGGCUGCACCUCGGCGUGGAGGAGGACGACGAGGAAGACGACUCCAAUUCCAACGACGACUACGGCGUCGAGUACGGCGACCUGGGGGAGCUGGACGACGCCCACGGCGACUACCCGCCGAGGUCUCACACCGGCGGGAAGUGGUCCAGGGACCUGAUCACGUCCCCUCCCCGCGACUGGGGCCUCAUCAUCGACGACUGCCGCGGCGACACCCCUCCCCCCAAUUUCACUGGCGGCAAGUGGAAGCCUUCUCCGCCCGUCUCCGCUGCUUUGGACGUGGACCACACACACGCUCAGGUGAGCCAGUCCCGCGACCUGCACUCGGACGACGACGACGACGCGGGAGGGCCGCCGCCGGGCCACACCAGCGGCAAGUGGGUGCCGGGCAAGCGGCCGCCCGCGGCCGACGUCACGCAGGGUGGGGCGGACGGCGGCGCGUGGUGCGAGCCGUGCCAGCUGCGGCUCAGCUCGGCGGCCAUGCUCGGGCGCCACGUCAGGUCCCGCAAGCACCUGAGGACCGCCGCGCCGGAGGAGCAGAGCGAGACGGCGACCCCCGCCCGGGAGAAGAGGACCGUGAGGAGGCCGCAGUUCUACUUCGCCGCCGACACCUGGGUCACCAGGUCCAAGGUCAAGGCGGCCGGGCGCGACUCCGGGUCGCCGCGCGGCCGGCGCAGCGGGGGUCGCGGCAGGGACCCCGCCAGGAAGGAGGGCGAGCAGGGCGAGCAGGGCGAGCAGGGCGAGGUGGCCUGCGAGUGCUGCGGCAGCUCCGUGCCCGCGGCCCGGCUGGGCGAGCACCUGCUCUCCUUCGCCCACUACUGGAACAUGCGCUCCAGCGGCCGCUGGGACUUCCUGCUGCGCAACAUGGCCGCCGUGGUGCGCCUGGCGCGCUUCCAGUGCGCGCUCUGCCGCUUCUACUGCAACACCGCGGGCGACUUCCUGCUGCACUGGCGCUCGCCGGAGCACAAGAACAUCGCCGACAAGAUGGGGGGCGGCCUCACGUGCUCGGCGUGCCGGCACGAGGCGCAGGACGCGGACGCCAUGGGCCGCCACGUGGCCGGAGCCUCCCACGCGCGCGCCGCGGCGGGCGAGGGCGGUCCCGCCGUGGUGGCUCGCCGCCGGCGACUGCAGCGCUGCGGCGACUGCGGCCGGCAGUACCGCUACCUGGCGCAGAUGCGGCGCCACCUGGCCGAGACGGGCCACGGCGCCGCGCCGCGCGACCAGAAGGGCAGCCACCCGUGCCUGACGUGCGACCACGUGGCGAGCACCGCCGCGGCGCUGCGCGAGCACUCGCAGUCCGCGCACCGAAGCGCGCGCUACUUCUGCGGCGUCUGCCGCCUCAGGUUCGCGACGGCGGAGGAGUCGGCGCGCCACCGAGCCUCGAAGCGCCACCACGAGCUGUGGCGCGGCAUCACCGGGCGGCCGUGUCGCGUGUGCGGUGUCGUGUGCGGCGACCUGCAGGCGCUGCGCGACCACGUGCGCACCAAGCACCCCGACCGCAUGCUCAGGUGCAACAUCUGCGGGAAGGACUUCGCGCUGCUCCAGGAUCUGAUGUUCCACAUGAAGAAGAAGGAGUGCACCUUCGUGACGCGGUGGGAGGAGGACUCGAAGGGGGGCGAGCCCUCCGCGGGGGCGGCCCGGCCCGGCGGCGGCGACUCCGACUUCAAGGAGCUGCAGUGCAAGCACUGUCUCUUCACGGCCAAGUUGAAGAGCGACGUGUUGUAUCAUCAAAGUCUCCACAGUGAGCCUGUGAUGCGGUUGGCCACCGUAAAUGGCAAGCAGACUAUGGUGCCUUUUUACUCGUGCUCGGAGUGUGACGUGUGCCUCAGGAAGUCAUCGCUGCGUCACCACGUCAGGGUGCACGCGCGCGAGAAGCUGUUCGAGUGCCGGCGCUGCGACGAGCGGUUCGCGCACCCCAACUCGCUGCUGACGCACGAGCGGCGCGCGCACGGCGACUCGAGCCGCGAGUUCCGCUGCGCCGACUGCGACUACGUGACGGAGCUGCGCACGUCCUUCGUGCGCCACUGCCACUCGCACUCGCCCGGCGAGCGCGUGCUCGCCUGCCACCUCUGCGACAAGAAGUUCGCGCACAAGCACAACCUGUCGCAGCACGUCCGCCUGCACGCGGGCAAGAAGGUCGCGUGCCCCGUGGAGGGCUGCUUCUACGCGUGCCGCUGCCAGUCCGAGCUGAGGAACCACCUGAGCUUGCACUCGGACAGCCGGCCCUUCGCGUGCGGCGAGUGCGGCUUCCGCUGCAAGAACAAGUACAUGCUGAACAGGCACAAGAGGAAGCACGGCGAGACGCGGCUGUACAGCUGCCCCAGCUGCCCCUACACGACGCGCUGGAGCAGCGACCGGGCCAAGCACCUGCGCACGCACUCCCCGCGCCCCCGCCGCCGCGGCGGCUACCGCUGCCCGCACUGCGGCCGCCCCAGUGAAACCAUGGAGAACCUGAGGAAGCACGUGCUGACGACGAAGAAGCACGCGGGCAAAAAGCUGUACGAGUGCCGCUUCUGCGACGACGGCGACGGCGACUCGACCAGGUUCGCGACGAACCUUGUGAAGAGCUUCCGCGCGCACCUGCUGACGGCGCACAAGGGCGAGUUCGAGUCGCAGCUCAAGGUCAGCCGCUACAUCACGGGCGUCUACCACGGCCAGGAGGACCCGCUGACCGUCGCGACGCCCCUGCCGGCGCCGCCCGCCAGGAGGAGGAGGUCGCAGCAGGCGAAGCGGAAGGUGGAGCCCGACGACGUGGAGGACCUGGUGGGCGCCGAGAACGUCAUCUACGUGGACCUGCCCGGGGACGAAGGCCCCGUCGCCGUGUCCGUGCUGGAGUGCAGCGACGGCGACGGCGACGGCUCGCGCCAGGGCAUCAUCGAGGAGACGGACCCCGAGACGCAGACCACGGUGCUGAUCCUGGACCUGGACAACAGGGGCGGCGCCUCGGGCAGCCCGCGCGUCGUGCUGAGCGCCGGCCCGGGGUCGUCCGCGCCCUCCGCCUGCCUGGGCCUGCUGCGGGACUUCUGCGCCGACUGACGGCUCCCGUGCGCGGUCACGCCGCGCUUCUUUCCUACAACAUCCUGCUGGCCAACUUGGACUGUUGAUUCUCACUUGUUUCUUCAAAUUCCACCAGGAUAAGAUAUGAGAACCUAUCAUUGCAAGCCUUUAUAAUUUGUUACAGCCUAAUUAAUAUUUACUGACAGUCAGGGACGUAGCCUGGAUGGGGGGGGGAUGUUAGGGGUUUAAACCCCUCCCUCCUUAGCACCAAAACUUUAGUUAAUUUCUUAUUCAUCACUCAAACAAAUUUCAUAUUAAAAUUAAUAAAAUUUUUACCAUUGCAAUAUUUGAAUUUAAGAACCGAAAACUGCUAAAAUAGCACUAUUUUACACCUUAAAAUCCAAAUUUUCCCGAGGGAUGGCCCCCGGACCCCCCCUCUUUAAUACAGGGUGGGGGGGGGGCAUGCUUCUUAACACCCCCCAUACACAAAUCCUGGCUACGCCACUGCUGACAGUUUACAGUCUGGAACCACCGCGAUGAAUCCAUGGGAGCUACACUGUCCGUGAGUGUUGGUACCAGUGAAUAGCCAAAAGCCAGAUCGUGUUCCGUGUCAAGCCAUGAAAUGCAAUACGGGAUGUUUAACUGCAAGCCGUGAGCUAAUAUUUGGUAAACAAAGAUGGUGGGUUAAUACCUGCCAUCUUGGAAUUUUUUUUUUUUGCCAUAAUCUCCUAGCAUAAUAUGUAUUGCAAUUUGAGGCAUGAAUAUUAGCUUCCUUAAAUUUUUUAAACGUUUUCAGUUUUUAACGAACUUAUUUUGUGUCCGGCUUGUUAUCAUUAGAGAGAUUUAAUUGAUCACAUCAUUAGGGAUUCUUCAAAGCUAAAAAUGUUAACACCAACCAAAAAAAUGUUCAUUCCUGGAAACAUAAUCAAAUCAGCUAUUCCCCAUGCCAUAUCGAAGCACAAAAUGUUAAAUGAAAUAUGUAAUGAUAAUUAUGGCUAAAUAUUUAAAAGUUUAAAAGGACAAGUUUUAAUCUGACUUAAAUGUGCAAAAAUUCAACUUGAAUGCUAAAUAUGGAUGUAAGUCUAUAUUUCUAUGACUCCUGUGGGGUUACACUAUUAGUGACAUACAUUUGUACUACUUCUAACUUCACUCCUAUCCUUAACCUGCUUAAAUAAUGAGAAUUAUAAGACCAUCAAAUUAAUUAGUGUGAACCUAGCAUUGUUUUUAAAUUACUUCUACAAAUUGCACGCUUUACCAUUGCUUGACUCAUGCAAAUGUUCCGCACUCGUUACAGAGGUAAAAUUUUGGUGAACAUCUGUAAGUGAAAAUGCAGUUAUGGUUUAUCUCUGAGUAUGCGAUUUAGGUGGCAUAUAAAUUUUAUAAUCCUUUGCAGAAAGUAAUUUACGGGAAUGGUUAGAAAGAAUCUUCAUCAACUUUUAUAAUGAGGUCAAAAAUGCAUUUGUAAUUUUUUUUUUUUGUAUUUGUUAAUGCUGAGCAAAGUAGGUUUAGUUUUUUGGUUUCAUGAAUCUUUUUCAUAUUGAGAGAUGUAAACAUAUUGCAAAAUAAUUGUAUUCUCUAAGUAUGCAUUUGUAUUUGUUGGUACCUACCAAAUGAGUGCUGCAAUUAUUUAAAAUGUUAUUGUUACAUUACUUAGUUCCUAUUAUCUGCUAAGUUAUUAUGCCAAUAAAUAUUAGUCAGUUAAAAAAAAAUUGUAUUCCUUUGCUAUACUAUUAAAAAUUUCCUUCACAUGUAACAUCUGUUCUGGUAGAAUUUUUAUUUAAUUUGUGCAUACAAUUUUUUGUGGUAAACAAUUAUGUACCCUCAUUUAAAAUAAAUUUGAAACAUAUUUUGGAGAUGUUUUCCAUUGUUAUACUUUCUCUAUAUUCCACUUUCACAAACAAGAUGUUGUUGUUGUUGUAGUUUCAAUGUGAAGAAUAAAGUGCAUAUGCU